AUGUCUAUAUUUAAAGUGAAACAAUUGUGGUCUAACGAAAGACUGCAAAACGAAGACUACUUGGAUGGUAUUCAAAAUAGUUCCAGCGUCAAAGUAGAUAAAUUUAAUUUAAGCAAUGACAGUGAUUGCAUUUUAUUAGCUGAAGGACAAGAAUUAAAGAUUUAUAAGCCGAACAUAGAACAAGAAGACGCGCAUGUUAUUUUAGAAUCUCAUGAAAGUGAUAUUAUAUUGCAAAUUGAAACUGGAAAAUUUAUUAUUGACUCGAGUGACCGACAAAUUUUAUUAUUACACCCGCAAAGCUUUGCCAUAUACUUACUUGAAAGAAAAGAAGGCCACAUUGAUGCAGGCGAUCAAAACUACCUGAGACCAAUACUCAAACAUGAUUUUACAAGGAAAGCUUACCGUGUUAUCGUGGGGCCAUUUGGUGUAGCUAAAAGUAGGGAACUGAUUUGCAUUCAAGCGUUAGAUGGGACGAUGAGUUUCUUCGAACAAGACACAUUCUUAUUUAUGUGUUUAUUUCCCGAUGUUAUUAUACCGGGGCCUAUUAGCUAUGUUCCUAGUAGCGAUCUAUUUAUUAUUUGUACAACAUCCUGGGUUAUGGAAAUAUACAGUUACCAGCAGCUACGUGAGUUCAGUGAAUUAAGUGGGCGGCAAAAUAAAAAAAUAAUUCCUCAAUGGUCGUAUAGCCCUGGCGAAGAAUUAUCAGCUGUUCAAGUUAUUCGGACUAGCAGUACUUUUUCCAGCAUUAUUGCACUUGGGGAGCGAUAUCUAUACUGCUUCCAGGAUAAUGGUUUGAUGAAGUACAUGCUUCGAUUUGACUUUAUGCCAGUUUGUUUCCAUGCAUAUCUUGUUGGUUGGUAUUAUGAACCUAAUUCUCGGCUUCUUAACAUGGUUGUAUCAGAAGAUAGCAAACUCCAUGUUUAUGAAGAUACAAUGCUGCUGUGGUCCUGCGAUCUCUUGCAUAAAACUAUAUCGAUAUCACGAUGUUUCAUAAAAAACUUAUCAGGUGGCCUAGUUACUCUUUCAAAUAAAGGAAUUGUCAGCGUUAGUUAUUUGGGGACGGAACCAGACUUGAACUCAACUAUAGUACCUAUUAAUGCUGAUCCAGGUCCAAGAGACAUUGAAGAGGAAUUAAAAAUUGUAGAAGAAGCACUUGAUAAAUUUGUAGAGAAAGCUGACGAUUCUCUACACUUGCCCUCGCAGCUCGUAAAAGUUAACAUCGAGUUUGGCAAAGCCGUAGAAAGUUUUAUAGAAGAAUUGGAUUCCAAUUUACCAUUUACUGUGAGCGACUCCACUGUAUGUUUGGACGAGAUAAAUGGAACUGAGAUUGUAGAAACACGUAUAUUUCUCAUUGGCGACAUGGCUAUUUCAAAUACUCAUACUAAAUUUAUCUUUACAAUAACUGAAACUUCGGGACAGAUAAAUGUUGUGUCGAAAAACGAAUUAUUGCCCUUGGCUUUGUACGCACGAAGAGUCGAGCUUAACAGUGAUUGUGAAUUUAACAUGUCAUUUACUACUAAUCAGAAGUAUUUGAGCUUCGAUAAUAUUUUUACAGACCUUCCACCUAAUACGAACUCGACAACGUUUUUGUACAAGAACACAAACAAAAUCGUAAUUUUUCAAAUGAAAGAAGAACAAUAUACAAUUGAAGCAAAGGAUUGCGUUGAAAUAUUCCCGAUAGUAAAUAACAUUUUACACAGAUUCGAGGAAUAUUAUAGACAGAAGAGCGUAAAUAAUUUCGAAAUAGCAUUUAACAUGACACCAGAAUUAAUCAAACAGAUCAUUCAUAAAUUUCUGAAGUGUGUCGAAGUUCACGCUAAGGAACGACUUCAAUGUAAGGACUUGGAGGCUCAAUUAAAUGUCCUCCAAUCACAGUUUACAUUGAUACAGAAAAAACUCCUGGUACAAUACGGAUCUUUACCCCCCAGCAACUGCGAUCCGUUAGAAUUUCUCAUGAGGGAUACUUACUCUAACAUUAUUGCUACUACAGAAAUGUUACUGACGUGUAGACAAAAUGUAAUACGGGCUUCGUGUGAUUUUAGUGCGGUGGGUAAUCUCUUACUAUGUGUACUGAAACACUCGGAAGUUGAAGAUAUUAAAAUAAAAAUACUCGAAGAAACGUUGUCGUUAGAAACCAUUCAUGAAGAUACUCAGGAGUGGGAAGAAUCUGUUACCCAGGCAUCCUCCCACAUCCUUAACACGAUACUCAAAAAAGAAAAGGACAGGGAGAGAUUAGCCCCCAUCACCGAUCAAGACAUCCUUUCGCAUGUAAACUUGAAACGUUUCCUCAGACAAACGAAAAUUAUUCUAGAUAGUAUGUUUCUACAGAGCACUGAGGUGAAAGAAAAGAUCACUCGAAUCGAAGAAUUUGUUGAAGUUAUAUAA